AUGCGCCACCUCCUAAUCCUUUCAUUUUCCCUUCUUUUUGUUCUCACAAAAGCUUCCGAUUUUUCAUCGGAUUCUGCUCCUUGGUAUGCUCCAAUUAUUCAAAUGAUUCAAGCAAAAUUGGUGGAUUAUACAUGUACUCAAGGUGAACAUUGAAUUUGAAACUAUAAAAAUGUUUCUUUAAUAAAAAUAAUAUUACGAAAUUAGCUUUUGAAGAAAAACUCACAAUAAUUAGUUUAAUUUCCAGAUUGCACAACAACAUUAGAUUGCUCAACCGGUUUAUCAUGUUUCCACGCGACAACUUAUUCAAAAGGUUGCUGUUUAAAAGGUCUGAUUUUAUGUUGAUGUUCCUUUAAAAUUUCUGAAAUUAUUUUCAGCUCUAAAACCAAAUGAGACUGGUUGUAUAAUCGAAGAUCAAUGUAAACAGGCUUGUGAAUCAACAAUUUGUGAUAAAUCUCAAUUUCCAUCGAGAUGUUUGUGUGAAAAAGGACGACAUUUUCUAUUUAAUAAGUGCUGUGAGUUAUUCUUUAAGGGAAAUCUCAGUUUUAUCUGA